CAAUUUGCAUGCUAUGAACCUGCUAAGGAGAAUGAACUGCCAGAGAAUAGAGGGCCAGUUCUGUGACUGUGUGAUCCGCCCAUCCAUUCAACUAGGUCCAGGUGGACUCUACCUGGCACACAAGAACAUCAUGGCAGCCUCCAGUCCCAUUCUGGCAUCCCUUCUGCCAACUACAGGUGCUUUGCUGGAACUGCAGGUCCCCUGUCUUACAAAGGAGGUUCUGGAGUCUUUGCUGGAUUACAUUUACACUGGGGCUCUUCCUCCUUCACAUCAGAACCUCUCCCUGCUGUCUGCUGCCACCUAUCUGCAGAUGGAGGAACUGCAGCUAUCUCUGAAAAGGAGACUGGAUGCAGCACACCGGUCUGCCAAAUGUGCUGAGCCUGAAUGGAUUGUUGAUGGUGACAAGAAUCCACAUUUGAAGAUGAAAUGUGUUUCUGGUCAGCAGCCUUGCAGGAAGGAAGAUGUGUCUUCUUCUCAUUGGCCCCUGUUUCCACUGAGCUGUGAGGUGGUCCCAGUCAUCUGUCACAGCCGCAUGGCAGGGAAACCUCCAUUCCUGGCAGAAAAACGUCCUCAGGAUUAUCUUACAACCUCUCAUGACAGGAUAGAACAGGGACAGCAGGCCAGCUGGCAACAACACCGUCUCCACAGCUCUGAUAUGGAGAGGGAUGGGGAGGAUGACGCUGGGUUUCGCGAGCAACAAUCUAAACACAGUAAAUUGUCAUCAGCCAGAAUGAGACAAUUCGGUGUGCAGGAGGUUACCAUGGGUGCUCGAGACGAACCAGCCUAUUACAAUAGGGGUCAAAGAGUAUCUUUAGGUUCAAUCUGGUCACACAGCCCAGGCCAGGCAGUGCAAGCAAAGUCUGCUGUCUGUUCAGAGUUGGGCAGUGAGUAUCUACUCUCUCCUCAGUCUGAAACAAGAGGGCAGAAGGGAAACUAUAUGCACAGCUCCUCCCAGAUCCACCACUCCAUGGAUCACCAUGGCCAUCCAUUUUCACACUGCAAAUUCACAGUGUCACAGACAUUAGACCUGGAUUAUGACACUCUCUCAAUGUGUGACCAAUCAGAGCCAGAGAGAGAAAAGGCCUCAAGACUCAGCCCUUCUCCCUUUUUUGAAAACUGUUCUGGUACUGAUGAUGUCAUCGCUGAAGACACCCAGGACCAACUGGGGCCAAAGUUUACAAGCAGAACCUGUUCACCGGUUGAGGAGACACAGUUGAUUUGGGUGGAGCCUGGAAGAACUCCUAAAAUACACCCCUGGAGAAGGGAAAACCAUAUAUUAGAGGGGAUUACGUCAGAAGAGCACAGACAUGACAUCACCAGUGACGUAUCCCCCCAGCAAGGCCAAGUUGGCUACCACUGCCAGCCUUUGGACACCCAACUGCCAGCCACCUCCAGUGAGUCCAGUGAUGAAUAUGCUCCCUCCUCUAGUCCCAAACAAGGUCCCAGUCCCGUCAAACACCCUCUGGGGGGCAGAAGCAGACAGACUAGCAUCUCCCCCUUGAUCCUGCUGGACAUAGAAGCCAAACCCCUAUAAAACAGCCUCCACCGACCUCCUUGGGGGGGCCCUGGCAGCCAGUGUGCCUGGUGGCGGUGUUGGCCAAGCCUACCAGUGCUCCCUAUGUGAGCGGGCAUUCAGCCAGAGGGGCUCCCUCAAUAGACACUUGCAUUCCCACCUGGGUCUGAGGCCCUACUCUUGUCCCCAUUGCCCCAUGGCCUUCUCCAGACAGUACAGGGUCACAGAGCACAUGCAAGUGCACCAGAGAGGCCUGGAAGUCCUACAGAAGACUGGGCCCACCGGAUGAGAUCUGGAUCGCACUGGAACACUUAUGGAACAUAGAUACAAAAGGCAAUGAUCAAGCCCCUUGUGGAUCCUUUUUUCUGACCAAGGCUGAUUUGUUCAUCAGAAUAGAGCCUGUAGGUAUGUCGCUUUUGAUAGGAUUGGAUGUAGCACACCAGGAACACCAAACAUGCAAUGUCAGAGAAAUGGUUUGUAAAUACAACCAACUCUGAUAUAAACGAAACAUUUGGAAACUUUCUUCAGGUCAAUAUGCAAUCGCACAAAAAAUAAAAUGUUUUCUUGUCCAUACAUUUUGUGUACUC